GCACUAACUUUGCUUCCCUUUCGGUCUGUUGGAUAGUGCCGACUACAAUUUACACCAACGCAAUGGACAACAGCCCAGUACUAUUAGGUGCACUAUAGCACAGUAAUUUGCCUGAUGACAUCUAAAUUAAAGGCCCAGUUGGCACCCCUGCCAUGGACAGAGAUCCUUGUGUAUUGGGUGCUGUCCUUUGGCUCUCAUCUGUACUCUUUUUAUGAACUUCACAGAUUCUCCAAAGAGCAUGAAGCAGGGAUAGAGAGAGGAUUUCUGUUGGAAAAAGGCCUUCUUCAGGGAUUUAAAAGGGAUCUCUCAGACUUUGAGUGGAGUUUCUGGACAGAAUGGGCUAAGAAGUCAUUGCUGUGGACUCUGAUUGGACAUGGUGCUAUAUCCAGAUUAAGCAGCAUCUUUUACCCCGAGUUUAGGAUACCAGCCCUCACGAUAUAUGGCGUCUUAGCAGCCAGCAGUGUGUUGGGGAUUAAAGGUGUGGGUGUGCUGCUGCUACAUCUGGGCUUGUCCUUCUCAGUGGCCCAACUGCGAAAGCCCGCUCUGUCCUGGGUCUGUAACCUGCUGCUACUCUGCACCCUGCACAUCCAACCACUUCAAGAGAUCCAGAGAGGCUGGUACAAGACCGAGGAGGAGUACUAUCUGCUACUCUUCAGUAUUGCUGUCUGUGGUCUGCGCUUCAUCAGCUUCAGCCUGGAGCAUUGCUGGUGCCCUGUAGACCGUGGUGGCAUUGUGCAGCUCUGUUGGCUGCUUUCAUACACUUUCUAUCAUCCCUUUUUCUACAAUGGACCCAUUAUCACAUACAAAGACUACAUUGAGCAGAUGUGGAGGCCUGCUGAGGAGAGUGACAGGGACAAAUCUGCUUUCAGUUACUUUGUGCUCAGAUCAGGACGGAUCAUACUGUGGUGGUGCAUUGCAGAAUACAUGAUCCAUGUCAUGUACAUGCACUCCAUCCAGUCUAAUGAGACCUACUUAGAAAUUCUUCCUCCUUGGGCCUUGGGUGGUCUGGCCCUGGCCCUCGUCCAGUUCUUCUAUGUGAAGUAUCUUGUUCUCUUUGGCUUGCCGUCCAUGCUGGCCACUCUGGAUAAGCUAGUUCCCCCAAACCUUCCUCGUUGUGUCAGCAUCAUGUAUAGUUUCACAGGGAUGUGGAGGCAUUUUGACGAGGGCCUGUAUCGAUGGCUCAUCAGAUACAUCUAUGUGCCGUUGGGAGGUUCACGGCAUGGUCUUCUAUACAAAAUGUUGUCCACUGGCCUGGCGUUUGGAUUCGUCUGCCUAUGGCACGGUGGCCAUGACUACUUACAGUACUGGGCCCUGAUGAAUUGGGUUGGAGUUCUGGUGGAAAAUGGACUGAAGUCUCUCUUUGCCUCAUCUUUUAUUCACUCCAUUGUUGAGCAGAAUUUCUCUGCAGCAAUGAAAAGGCGUUGCAUUGCCCUUCUCUCUGCCUUCUCCACCGCCAUGCUCAUCCUCUCUAAUCUGGUAUUCCUUGGGGGGAUACAUGUUGGCAGAAUCUUCUGGAAGCGCGUCUUCAUUCAAGGCUGGUCUACCAUUGCCCCACCUAUGCUGGCUUUCCUCUACUGCUUUGCGCAGGUUGGACUUGAGUGGACUUCACACCCAUCAUGAGUCACCUUGACUUUGCAACAGAGUGAGAAUCCCAGCUACCGGAAAACCAGAACAACCUGCUGGGUCCAGUGACUCGUCCACACCAGCCACAGUUUCUGUAGCGAAUCUGGCUUAUGGCCACGUAACCCGUCCAAACCUGGCUGAAGUGCAGCUUAGCAGACACUUUUCCCAACCUGCAGCACCAGGAAAAAUCUGUCUGUAAGCUAAAACAUAAAGGAGCAGUGUUUGUCCUUUGAAGAGAGAGUUUUCUGUACUUUGUAGACAAUUGAAGUGCAUAGAAACUGUAAAAGAAUUAGUGUUUAAUACUGUAAAUUUAUCUAAUAGAAGUCACUAUUGAGGCAUGGUUUCUUCCCAUUAAGCUGCACUGAAUCACUGUGAUUCUAAGAAACUGUAAAACAAAAUGUGGACCCUGAGUCUGUCUUGGUUAUACGACUGAUAAGGUAUUGCUCAGUGAUGCGGUAAGCUGGAGAAAUGCUAAUUUCAUAUUUAUAGUCCUCCUUUGGCUCGCCACAAAAGCAGUUGUGUAUUCAGAGGUAGACAAUAGGCACAGCAGACUGAAUAGACCAGCAGGAACCUAAUAAUGUCAUUAUUUUCCUUACAGACGUAAUUUGGGUAAAGUAGAAUGACAUUAAUAUCAGUAGAUGCAUUACUGAAAAGCUUUAGAGGGACGACACACUAGCUUUUAAUUCAACACUGUAACAAUGGUAGAUGAUGUUUAUCCAGUGGAAUGUUUUGAGCAGAGAGGACAGAGAGAACUGCCAGCUGGGUACUUUUCACUUAUGUAUAAUGCAUAGUGCUGUUGUUGUGUCAAAGCCUUAUACCGCCAAAAUGUCAACUUUUCAAUCCCUCAGCCUGAUGCUACUAACCAAAUUUAGCGAAAACCAACAGUCACUUUUUGGUGAUGCAUCCAUCCAUCCAUGUUAUAAUGGAUAACUGAUACAAUGAGACAUUCACAGUUUUCCUGUUUCAGCUGUGUGUAUGUAGUCAGUGUGGAUACUGGACCAUGCACUGGGUGGUUUUUGGGUGUGCUGACGGUUAUAUGUCAGCCUAUAUGUUAAGAAAAUUCUUCAACCUCCCUUAAGUCAACUCAUAAAACCCUUUCAGAACUCAUUGUCAACUUGUUGUCAACUUUUCAGGAAAUAAUUUUAAGCUUGAUGACAAUGGUGUCUUUAUAAAGAGCUUAAUGAGCAUUUGUAAGAGAGGUAGAAGAUGUUACUCAACCUAUUGGAAAGCAUGUAAUCUUUCAACAUAUCCAAAAACAUGAAAAUCCCCAAACUACUUGUUAUCAGGGUUUCACUCGACAUCUACAUUUUCUUAGUCUUUAAGGCUUUUCUUUGAAAUUGAGAUGAUUUGAUGCAACAGCAGAAAAAGUUUUUAACUUAAGAAAAACAAAAUCAAACGUCUGUGUUGAAGGAUUCAAAUCUAAUCUUAACUAAUGCUAGUUUUACAUAAGAGGUUAAAUAUCAGUACUCCUUGGUGAUAUUUUACCCAUCUUUAAAGCAUUUGCAUCUUCUCUUCACAUUUCAGAUCACAGUAAAUAAUUUAAUCUUUAAUCCAGUAGGGGAUGACUAGUUUGUCAUCAGCUUUCAAAGGCAAACUCCGUUCUGCAGGAAGUAACAGGAAGCCGCUUUAGACAGAUCGUCUGUGCCUUUUUGUGUCUUUUGAGCUGAGAAAGUGUGACGUGGCAAAAACAAUCUGAUCCUCCUCUUACUGUGAAAACACUGAACAAUAAGCAAAGCAAACGGCUGCAAGGUAUGGCUUCCGAGAAGCUUAGUGUUGGAAUUUUAAGUCAGAAGUGCCAUCGCAGAGAUUCAUUAUUAACGAACCUCUCAAAUUGCCUCCGGUUGUUCAUUGUUUUGCUGCAACAACUGACUUUUCUUAAAGUUUGUAUGUUAAGUUUUUCAAUCAGUAAACCAUCUUACAGUCCAUGAACUAAUCUGUAUUUUUUAAAACUUGAUCAAGAGUGAAUAAACAAUCAUUUAAUACAA